AAAAAGUGGGAAAAUUAAAGAACAAACACACUGCGACGGUGCGACCUCCAAGGAGUCUCUGAAAAAGAUGCUACAAGAAGACCAAAAUGAAGCUUACGCUCGACAUUUGAUAAGUUCACCGGGAUCAAGGUCCAUCAAGUUUGUGGUAUCUCCUAACCAAGAGGGUCCAGCAGCUAACCCGGUUGAAAUGCAAAUGCCCCCUCCAGAAAACUUUGCUCCCAUAAACUUCUUGAUGAAUACUAGUACUAAUAGUACUCCGACGUCUGGAUCAUCCUCAUCAUCUUCAACCGGAAUGAGAGAUGAGGUCCACGAUACCACUAAGAAGCAGGAACUAAAAUUGGUUUGCAGAGGCCCUUGCGGUGGCAAAAAUUUGCCGGAAGAACUAAAUAGCACAAAUCCUACUACAUUAGAAUGGCUGUUUGGUGAUUGUUGUCGUGAAUGUAAAAACGUACUCAUGUAAUUAACGAACAAGUAUAUAUUGAAUGAUUCGGGGGUGGUUUGUGACUUUCAUUAAAAUUCGAAAUAUGUAAGAAUGCUUUGAUUUGUUUGAAUGUCUACGGUAAUUUAAUUUGUUGUACUCCAUCCG